AUGUCUGGACUGCUUGGAAAAGUGGUGCGAAUCGAUGCGGAGGGCGCAGCUCCUUCCCUGGCCGCCCUCCCUGAACUGGCUGCACAAGUAGCGUCACAGUGGAAGGUGAGCCGAGCCAACGCGGCCAAGCCGGGUGAAUGUCGCGUACUGUACCCGUCGUCCUUUCAUCCGGUGGCUGCUGUAGCUUCUGGCGAACAAGCGGGAGCGCCGCAAACGGGCCCCGAUGCCUUGCCGUCUGCUAACGUGUUUCUUCGCAAUGAGCGCCUUGAAGAGACACGUCUGGCUGCCGCUAAAGGUGUUCGUGCGUUGCGCGACUUGGGCAAGGUGAACGAGGAAGGCCAGUGCAUUGAGGUUGAUUCCUUUGCGAGUGCCCACGCCGCUGCCGUGGGAGCGACGCUUGGCUUGUGGAACGUGAACCACUUCAAGACACGCGGCUCCGCGCCUGCCUGGAGCCUGCCGCUUGAAAAGCAGGGUGGUCGUCACAUCGAGGCUGUGCCCAUCCAUGGCCCUGUUUCGAGCGAACAAAAAAAGUCGCUGCGUGAUGACGGCGACGAACUGGCUUCUUCUGCCACACCUUUGAGCUGGUACACGGGUGAGGUGUACGCGCGCGCUCAGAACUGGUCGCGCGAACUGCAAGAAACGCCUGCCAACCUCUUGACGCCCACGAUUUUCGCUCAUCGUAUUAUGGAUGCUUUCAAACACGUACCCCACACCAAAGUCGUGGUACAUGAUGCAGACUGGGCGCGCGAGCAAAACAUGAAUUUGUUCCUCUCAGUGGCACAAGGUUCCGAGCAGCCAUGCAAGUUUGUCGAAAUCCAGUACCAUGGCGCUCCUGAUGCCAAGGCCGCCCCCCUGGCUCUGGUCGGCAAGGGUAUCACGUUUGAUACGGGUGGCACGAGUCUGAAGCCCAGUGCUGGCAUGGAUCUCAUGCGUGCCGACAUGGGCGGCGCUGCUGCCGUGGUUGCUAGCACCCUAGCUAUGGCCCAGCUGGGUCUUCCGAUCAAUGUCGUCACUGUGACGCCCCUCACCGAAAAUAUGCCAAGUGGUCGUGCCACCAAGCCCGGUGAUAUCUUCCAAGCUCGUAACGGUCUGACUGUGCUGGUGGACAACACUGACGCAGAGGGCCGCCUCGUGCUUGCAGACGCGCUGUCGUACGUGACAGAUGUCUAUGCUCCGCACACGGUCAUUGACGUAGCCACCCUGACCGGAGCCUGUGUCAUGGCUCUAGGUGACGUGUACUCGGGUGUAUUCACGGAAGCCGAGUCAUUGUGGCAGGAACUCAAGACGGCCGGUGAGGCGGAACACGACCUGUGCUGGCGUAUGCCGCUCACUGACAGAUAUUUGCCCCAGAUCUCCAAGCUCAAUGCCGACCUUGUCAACACAGGUGGUCGUCCUGCUGGCUCAUGCACGGCUGCUAUCUUCCUAAAGCAAUUCGUUCAUGGCCUCGAGGACCGUGCCAAAGGCGAAGCCGCCCGUGUGCGUUACGCGCACAUUGACAUUGCCGGCUCUAUGGAGGCCGCAGCCAACACGCUCAACGACUACCAGAGCAAGGGGCUGACCGGUCGCCCCGUUCGUGCCCUUAUCGAGUUUGCGCGUCGUUUAGCCUUUUCCUCGUAG